UCUUAUCUUAUCUUAUCUUAUCUUAUCUUAUCUUAUCUUAUCUUAUCUUAUCUUAUGUCAUAAGAGAGCAACCACAUACGCCAGAUAUAACUUAUUGUCAGCGGAUUAGAGGCCCGACCCUCAUGUCUCCAGACAGCUGACAAUUGAACAUAACGUGAGUCAUCAGGUUUACUGAUCUAUCAGUCAUUGCCAUUAAUGAAUGGCUUGGUACGCUUACACCGAACAACCAAAAUGAAGACAAAAUUGUAAUACAAUUGUGUUUUUCCCCCCUCUGGAUAUUAUUUUUAUUUUGCUGGAAACAUUAAGAGGGGUAAUUAGCUGUAAAGGUCUUGUUAUGGGAGGUUUAGAUGCAAAACAAGCAGUGCAAAUAAUGAGAAUGCUGUUUCCAGUCAGUGCCCGUGAAAGUCGUCCCUCCCCACCCCACCCCUCCAGCUCACGUGGCCACACCCGCGCUGUUAGUGCAGUGCUCUGGAUUUGGGAUUGGCUGAAAUGAGUGUUGUCAUUGAUCAGCCUGGCCAGAGAAGCACACAGGAGCAAUCAAUAGAGGACCACCUUAGCCAACCAUUUAGUGAAUGAGCCAGCUAUAUGUAAGCUAAAAUCCAAUUCACAUUUUAAUAACAGUAAUGUUUUUCCAUCAUCAUAUUUUCCUUUACGUUCGAGGUUAUAUUUAACCCCGACUCUUUGGGAAUUUGGAAACUGAUUAGAAUGCAGAUCAGACUUUUUAAAGAUUUUCAUCGGCACAUCUGAGACAAAGCAGAGACUGAAGUAUUUUAAACAGCUUUGAAGACAGAGAAUAAACAGGACAUUGCAACUGGGAAACAGAUGUAAAUGAAGUGAAUCAGCUAUCAGACACUCUGUUUGCUAGACAAAAUAAAUAAGACCAUUAUGCUCCUUACUACCCAGAAUGUGCUCCUGACUGCAACUCCAAGGAAAUAUUUUUUCUCAGACCUUUUAAGUUUGACUAAUAGGGAUUAGUCAGGUUGAGCUAAGCGUCUCACUAAUGACUAAGUAUUGUGUCUGACUGAGAGACGAAGAGACUUUGCAGUUUAUUGGCUAAGGGUCAAUUCCCACCGAGAUUUUCGCUCAGCUGGCUAACAUACUGCACACCAUGUGCUUCAAUAUGUGAGUUAGAGCUGGGAAUUCCGCGUUUGUACUCCUCUCAGCUGCUAUAGUAACAAAAAGACAGUGUGUCCUUACUUAUCUUAGCCUUUGAGCAAAAUUGAUGAAUUCCAUUGAUUUGUGGCAGGGAAAUAAUGCAGUAUCCACCAUUAACUUGUCUUAACAGUUAAGACACUGAUCAGACAACAAUGGCCUCUUCCUUACAUUUAUAUAAACACUCAUUACAUUUGAUUGUCAAAGAAUUACUUCCAAAAGGAGACAUGGUGCACUAGAACAUUAGAGCCACGUGUUUGUGUCCGACCCUGGUCGUCUGACUGACGUCACCUAUUUUACUGGCUAUGUAUGCCCUCCACUUAUUUCAGUCAACUUGUUAAUCAAAAUAUAUUGCGUUUUGAAAUGUUUCACAGAGGAGGCAUUCAUCUUGACACAGCUAUAAUUUUGAGCUUUUGUGGCCUCUCAAAAUUUACACGUCUGCAUCUUCUAGUUCUACAGCAGGGCGGCUUCAAAGUCGGUUUCACUCGAUCUUUUUUUAAAAUGUUUUCCUUUAAAUCUUGAAAGGUUUGCAUGGUCUUUCAUUUUGCAUGUUUAUCUGCUUCCACUAUUAAACCCUGUGUUUAUUUUAUUUAUACAUAUAUAUGUAUAUAUUUUUGCAUUAAUUUUCCCAGCUCUAACUUCAAAAAGCCUCAGUUUCGAAGAUCUAACAGUGCAGUGUCCAAACAGUGUUGGAGCAUGAAGUUGUACUCCCUUUACGCAGUUUUGUAAGACUCACAUUUUUUGUGCCACCUUCUGCUCAUGAGCAACAAUUAUGAUGGGAGGUAAGGAGGAAAUUAAGUUAUAGAGCAACAGGCCACUUAAUGUCAAGUUUAAGGUUUUUAGAAGCCCCUCCUAUUGUGAUCCCCUACAGUAUCUGGGAACGUGUCAGUCCUCUUCCUUCUCAUCUACUGAACUGAAGUCGCGGUUCUAACACAUUUACAUAUUAUUCCCAAUAUUGACACAACUACUUAUCGUCAGUAGAUCAGACAUGUCCAUGUCCAGACAGCUGACAAGAACUAGCUAAACAACCAAUAGUUGGUUAUAAGCUAACAAUGAGCUAGCUAAUGUUAGGACUUAGCAUCUUAAAAAUCACAUUUUCCCUCUAAAAAUAAGUUUGAUUACACUCUCACAGUCUCACAUCACGUGAGAGUUUAUUCAAAAAGCAUCACAAUCAGAGUCCAACAAAGUUAUAUUCAAAGACCAUUUCACCAAAAAUGGCUAAUAACAGCUAACACCGACUAACAGUGGUAAAAGCAUCAGUCUUACCAACAGAAAAGUUUAAUAUAUCCUCAAACUCACUGACCCUUGUCAGAUUCUUUCAGUUUUUAUAGCCUCUUCCAGAAUAAAUAGAUAUGGAUGCUUGGAUGGGUUAGAAUCUCCAAGUUACAUUAUAACUUUAAGCACAUGUUCGUUAUGUUAACCUCUUAGUCAUGAUCCGUCCCUAAAGCUAAUUAAGUUAUUACAACCAAAAAGAUUCACUGAGAGGGAUGGCGUGGUGGUGUGGUGGAUAGCAAUGUAGCCUCACAACAAGAGGGUCCUUGGGUUGAAAUCAUAUGUGAGGCCUUUCUGUGUGGAGUUUGCGUGUUCUCUGUGUAGGUUCUCUACAGGUACUCGAGCUUCCUCCCAUAGUCCAAAGGCAUGCUUGUGGUUAGGAUAAUGGCGAUUCUAAAUAGACCAAAGGUGUGAAUGGUUUUCUAUCUCUGGAAAAAAAUAGGUAGAUAAUUGAGGAGAUGCUCCUGUAGUGGCAUUGGGAUUAUAGAAGUUUUUGUAAUUCUGUCGUAGAUUACAACAUUAUGGAAUUUCUCCUGAGAAUAGAAAAUGUUUGGGGUUCACUGCUAGUUUAAACCAUCAUAAUAGUUUAGAUGAUGUGAUUAUAGUUUGUAAGCCACGACAGAGCAGCUGGCUGGAUAAAAUGGAUAUUUAAUAUUAUUGUAAAAACUAAAACCUUAGCCUUGGUUUAGAGCUUAGUGGUCUUUUGUUGACAGAUUAUUAAAGCAUGUUGCAGAUAAUUUCAUAUGUCCACCCUCUGAGCUCUGUUAAAUCUGCUGCCAGAUUUGAGCACAUCUGUUGCCAGAAUUUUGUACAUCUGUUGCCAGAUUUCAGUGACAAAAAGUAGCCCAAUAAAAACCUACUUUUGAAGCCAAACACUCACUCGAGGUUAAAAAAAGAGAGCUACAUUAUUGUUUUCCCAUUUAGGAGAGGUUAAAAGAUAAUUCAGUGUUUUCUCUACAUUGAGCAGCAACUUCCACAGGGCUGUUUGAGUCGAUUGUUGUGUUCAAGAUUAAGUGGGGGCAUCUGGCUACUCUGUGCCUAGAAAAAAUGUAAUUAAUAUGAAUUUCUUGCACCACAUGACCAUUAUAAUUAGGCUGAAAAACACCCUCGUGCACUUACUCUACCAUGAGAACUAUGAGCACAACAAAUGCUUCGGAAGCAGUAAAUAAUAUGUGAAUCAGGACAGGAAAUUAUUAUUAGAAGAGUAGAAAAAUAGGUACACUGAAAAGGAAAGAGCUUGCUAUUAGGUCUUGAUGAACGUCACACCAGGACAAAAAAAUAAAAGAUGUUGAUUUAAAGUAAGUGGAAGGAAAUUAAAUGCAAUAGCCUUGUAAUACAUCAGAAUAUGAUUUCAACCGUAAAGUGUUUUUAAAUAAUAAACCUUAGGAAAAGCCCAUCAGAUGCAACACUCUGGUUUAUUAAAAUGGCCCCACCUCAGAUAUGGAAUUCUUUUUAGCUGUGCGUGUAUGUGUGUGUGGAAUGCACAUGUGGCAUAAAAAUGUGUGAAAAGUGUGAGUUUUGUCGUCAGUGUAUGCGAGUUAAUACACUCGCAGAUUCAGAUUUGGUUCCAUUUUUCAAAUCACCACAGCUAAAGCAUCAUUGAUAAAAAAAAAAAUGUAGCCAUAGCAACUGAUACGAUUGUUUGCAGCCUGGGGUUUGGCCCUUUAGCUAUCACUCGCUUUACCAAAAAAAAAACCCCAAACAAAGCAAACAAACAAAAAAAAACAGUGAAUGGGUAAAGCUGGGAAGUUACUAGCUAACACUGGGAAGUUACUAGCUUCCUUCUCUACUAGCAAGGUACAGCUAUGCAAUAUUAAAUUACAUGCUAUGCAUUAAAAGAUGCGUGAAACAACCCCAACCAUAAUCAAAAGCUGAUCAAGGGAAAAACAACGAUAAUUUCCUGUUACUCAAAGCUGCUAGUUUUAACACAACUUUAUGGGUUACGUUAUCUAAAAAUUCCCCCUCCAUACAAUACUCAUGAAUGAGGAAUUUAGCUAUGACCAAAACCAUUUUUUAGUAGUCAACAUGGAUAUAUUUACUUUAAAGUUGGUUUAAGACUGCUGCCUUUCAUAUAGGAAGCAGCAUACACCGCACUGCACUCUGAAACACAUUCUUUUCUAUGGCUUAUGCCGCACAAUGAUGGUUUCCCGCUGCGUUGAACAAACCAGAGCACAAGCCCGCUGACCAGGGAGCACUCACAGGUGCCCCAGUCAAACUUCAACACAGCUGAACUUUGACAUCAGCACAGUGUGACACAUAUUCACACAACCUGUAGAACUGUAGAAUGAGAAGCAACAGGCGCACAGGCGUACACCUGAUGACUAUGAGCGCCUGCCAAAAAUGUCAUCAACGGCCAGCUCAACAAAACUUUUAGGUAAUUCACGGAACCUUAUCGUAGCCUCCGAUGUGAAAAAGCCUUUUGUGGGCAAGCUUUUUCAGCAUCUCAACAACAGUACAGUCCUAUUUUUAGCUAGCUUAAAGGUUGAUUGAAGUUAGAGGGUCAAGUGGGUACAAUCAACAUAUACUAGCUUAUCUUUUCCUCUGUUCUUUUUUUAGUCACUGAUGGGAGUAGAGCUAGACGGCAUGCUUCUCACCUUUAACAGAUUUUGUUUGUCAGUUGCUGAAAAUAGCAGAAUGAACAAAAUGAGAACCCUACAAAUUAAAACGACAAAAAGCUCAGGUACAACAAACUUCGCCUGUGCUCCACUUGCACCACGGCUCAGGCAGUAUCCACAAGUUACACUAUCCAAGUCUUAUGGUAAACCACCCUGGUUGGCAAACAACAUAAUUGUAUCUAAGGUUUUCCUUCUAGUAAAAGGCAUUUCUAAAUGACCACCAACUUUUGAUUGGUAGCAAAUUAUGUAUGUGCAUACCCUCUAAUACAGCCUUUAAUUGUACCACUGCUGCCUUGGGUUUCCAUGCGAGUGCUGCACUACCCUGACUUUUGAGCAUUUGCUUGUUUUACAAAUUCAAAUUAAAACACGAAGUGUAAAGUCACUGCUAUUAUUCUUUUCUUUUAAAAAUCAUGGGAAGCUUAAUGUGAUUCAAAAUGCUUUACUUUUUCUUGCAGUCCUUGCUGUUUGAAAAAAGGUGAGUCAGACCUGGUCUUUGAGCACGGAGAGGAACGAGGAGAAUGAUUAUCAGGAGAGUGAAGUAGUGCAAGCGAGUGAAGAGGGAGGCAAGAAGAGGUUUUAUAUAUGUGGUGAGCAUUCUUCACUUGUGACUGUGGGAGCCAGUGACACAUGAAAUAUGAGAGACAGCAGCACUCUCCACUAUUUAUAGUACUGCAAGAGAGAAAGAGAAGAAACUGGCCACACCAUAUACACUCCAGGGCAGAGGUGGCAUCAUUUUUUCAUUCGCUAAAGAGGAAAAAGAGGAAUCCCAGCCAGUACUGAGAAGGCACAUAUGUCACUGCAGUGACUACGACAGGCCAGUCUGAAGCAGAAACGCGUGUGUCAUCUCAGUAGUGCGAGGUGGCUUAAUAAGCCUCUGCAUCCACUUUUCUUUUUUAGCUCACAAAGCUAAACAGAUGCUUGGGGGAAGUGCCGGUUGUGGCUUUGUGUUGUUGCUUUGUGGCGAUUCAAACCCAUCUGCAGCUCAGCACUGUUUUGUACAAACUGCUAAAAAUGUAUCAGUGCUACUGGGAAUGCAACAGCAUGUCCUGUUCUGCUGGAGAUAAUGAUGAAAAGAAGCCAAAACGAAGCCCACUGAAAGUGGGCAUGCAGCUUAGGGAAUCUCUCCAUUUAUGUUAUUUUAUGUUUAGAUGAAGACUCGCAAGCAAGAAUCAAAAGAAAGUGGAAUUGGUUCAGUUCUUGUAGUGGGUGAUAAGCACUAAAAAUAACCGUGGCAAACCGCCGCUGAUGCUAAUUUAAUGGGGGUCAUAAGGCCAGCUGCAAAUAUGAAUGGAUGGCUGAAUGGAUGAAGACUCAUCAUUUGACAUCAUCUGCUGUGUUGGUCCUGAUGUAAGAUGAUUUCGAUAGCUCUGUUCUCAAAUUGCAUAACAUGUCUGUGCUGUCAGGCCAAAGAGGCAUCAGAGCAUCCCAUAAAAGUAACCGGAAGACUUUGAUUUGUCAUGCUCAGAAAGCAUGACCCAUUAGGAAAGCAGCAAGUAUUCUUAUCUCUCCAAAAUUGUCCAGAAUGGUCACAUUUGCAGCUUAAAAUGAUACUUGCGAGUGUUUUUGAAGAGGUAUUUGCUUCUUGACAUUUCAGUGUUUCACAAGGUGCCCCAACUCGCAUUAAACCGUCAUCUCGGCUGUUUGAUGCCAACGCUCUCACGCUUGGGCUUGAGCUUUAGCCACGGUCCGAGGCAGAAGCCGAAGGCGGCCGCGGAACUUUGAUGCUGCCUUCCAUAAGCGAUUUCUUCAGUGAUGUCAUAUCUGUAGAGAAAAGCCCUUCAAAGUCAGGCUGAUGUAUUAUGCAUGGCACUAUAGUAACUAGCCAGUGUGCUAGUAGUGCUCCGGGGUGGUAAUGGUGAUGCUUGCAGUGCUGAGAAUAGCAAUGGGAAGCCUUUGUACUGAAUGCUUUUGCCAAGGAUGAAUUCCUCUAUGGUCAGCUUAUCUUUCCUCAGAUGUAUGUUCUAUGUAUGCAGACACCGUGCAGGCGUAGCAGUGGAUUGUGCUUUAUGCUUUGAAUGCUAAUGCAUACUGUAGAAAUUCACAACUUUAGCAGACAACUUGUGUCCUUGUUUGAGCUUUUUCAUUUUCAUAACCCUUUUUUUACCUCUGCCAAGCAGGUUAGGUUUAUGGUAGUGUUUGCAUGCACCGGUGUCAUUCUGUGAACGUGAUAAAGUUUUGAAUGAAGUGUGAUAAAUGACCCUUUGCAGUGGGGUCAUUUAGCUUACAUUCACAAAGGUCUUCAAGGUCAACUUGAAUUGUGUUAUAACAUUAAAGAAAAUAUUGUUAAGAGAAAUGUUAAGGUGAGAAAAUCUGACUUUUUUGUUAGAUUGAAUAAUGACUAGUUGUUCUUAAAAAUGAAGCUUAUUUUUCACUUAAUGCAAGAACUACUUUUUCUAUUUUUUAAAUGACAGAUUAUAGCAAAUCAUCCCAUUAUUUAAAAAUUAACUAUUUUGAUAAAUUAUGCAUUUAUUUAUUUUUGAGCUCCCCAUCCAAAAAAAACCAUUAACUAUAUUAGUUAAAGGAACAGUAAAUAAUUUAUCCGCUUGUCUUCUGUUGCCUAAAUGUUGGCACAAUAUAAUUUAGUAAUAAUUUAGUAAUAUUAGUAAUAUUUUCUUGGACAUCAUUAAAAAAAAAGAUCAUUUAUGGUGAUAUGUUGCUGCACUUCUACACAAUUAUGGCAGAUGAAAUAGGUCAUUUUAAUGGCACCAGAAGGCUGUGGAUCAGCAAGUCAUUAAAUCCUUUAUUUGGUUCAUCGGUUGGUGUACAUACUGGAAUUAUACAUUAAAUAUCACAGCAAUGGCCAAGCAUUUUUGUGCAGACAUUUAUGUUUCCAAGAGUUAACUGUUGACUAUUAAUACUCUUACCUUUCAUCUAGUGCAAAUGGUAAUGUUGAUAUUGUUGAUUUGCAUUCUCUCACUUCACUAAAGAGAUUCUGAGAAUUAAAUUUAGCAUAAAACAGCAUGUUCUAGAUGAAACAAAUAUGCAAGACACUUGCAGAUAUUAAUACGCCAUAUGAACAAAAAUAUUCGGCAACCUACACAUCAGACCUACAGGAGCUUUCAUGACAUUUUUUUCUAGAUCACAAGGUAUUUAAAAAAAAGUUGGUCUCCUCUUUGCAGCUAUAGUAGCUUCCACUCUUUUGGCAAGGCUCUCUACAAGAUUUUGGAAUGUGCUGAGAAUUUUUUCCCAUUCAUCCAGAAGAGCAUUUGGAUGUUGGACCAAAGGGUCUGGCUUGCAGUGUCCAUUCUAGUUCCUCCCAGAAGUGUUUUAUAGAGUUGAGGUCAGGCCAGCCGAGUUCUUCCAACCCAACCUCAUUCAGCUUGCUUUGUGCACUGGGGCACAGUCAUACUGUCAAAGAAAAGACUUUGACCAAACCUUUCCAACACGUUGUCACUCCCACAGAGUAACAUUUUAUGCUAGGUGACAAAUCGUCGGUAUAUUGCGCUUUCGGCCAUCCAACAUGUCCCUAUAUUACGAGUUGACAAUGAGGAAAUAUGAGAACCGUUUGGAAUGAUCUACACAUGUACGUUUAUUCUACUUAAAUCACUUUGGAAAGCAUUUAAGGUGGUGGUUAAGAUUAGGGAUAAGGUUAUGGUUAGGGUUAGGGCCGGAAUACACGGCUGGAAUGUGUGUUACUGCAGGAGCGUCAUUCUAUUCGAUUUCAUCCAAAAUCCGACACGUAGCAUAGGAAGGUCACCUUUCGCGUUCCCAUGGAACGCCUCGAAACGUGACAAAUUGUUGGUAUAUUACGCGUCGGGAGUGAGAACGGGCUGACCUUUCACACAGAGUUGGAAGCAUAGAAAGGUAUAGUUUUAAGAUUUCCCUUUGCUGGAAUUAAAGGUUUGGAUGAGCUCCUUGGGCAUAUUUUGAUAGAGUCUGUCUGUUUUAUUGCUGGGAUGUGUCUUGGGAAUGUUGCCUGAGAAACAUCCCAGGAACCGAACCUGUGGUUUUACGAUCGGUAGACCCCACUCUGCAAAUAUAACCUUGCAGUACUGACUAAACCCUCUGAAGAUUAGUUGUAACAAGCCUCUGGCAGGUUCUACAAAACGCUGCAGUUGACCAGCACUGCUCGCUUUGAAGGCUCUCUCAGUCAGUAACUUUCAUUUCUGAAUUCUCCUUCACAGGCAGCUUUGGAUUCUUUUGUGGCGAACAGGGUAGCACAAGUUUUAAUUUGUUUUCGCAAUAUGUUUAUCACCACUGUUGUAACCUCUGUAAUUACACCAUGUGAUGGAGCCUCUCGUGAACAUAGCUCACCCUGAGGAUCUGUGGAAAUUAUGUAUAAUUCAUGGUGUUGAUUGUAUUUAUAGUUGCUCUGGCUUGUUGUUUGGAGACAGAGAUGUAGCAUUAAUCAAGGGCUACUUUGUUAUGAAGAUGCGGAGCUGCUCCUUCAGUGAACAGUUUGUUUCCGUUCUUUUUUAAGUUUUUGGCCACCGCCUGGGGCGCGAAGCUGUGCAGAAAGAGGUGGAAACUUUGGUGUUUUUUUUUUAAUUUCUUUCAGUCUCCUCCUGUAUUCACAACUGGCAAAAAGAUCAACAUCUCACUCAAAUUAAUGUGAUUCUAUAUUCUUUUUUUCUUUCAAGCUAAAACACUCUCAGCUCUGUAGCACAUUCAAAGCUGUGCCCUUGCAGAGUACCAUUAGAGUACAUAAAAGUUUAAAUAUCUUAAGCUCUAAAUUGCCCACAUUUGCCUGUUCGUUAGAGUAGCAUAAUUUAUAGGGAGACAACUGACUACAUGAUGUUGGAGUCAUGAGAAGCAAGUCUUCAUGAGCACUACUAAGAAGUGUGCUCAGUACAUACAAAAUGAUUCUGACAAGCAAGUCCUUCUAAAGUAAUCAUUAAAUCAGAGGGUGAAGAUUUGGUUGAAAGUGCAUUAAGGGAAAAGUUAGUGUUAGGCAAGAAGUGUUCCACCAGGAAAGUUGUUAGAAAAUUGUUUGAGUGUAUUUGGUUCAUACAGCACUAUUCACCAGCUACAACAAGAAGCGGAUUCUCGCCUCUCCAGUUGUCCUAUGUGAAAUAUAUCACAAGAAAGGUGUGGCUUAAAAAAAUGCCCCAAUUGGAUUGGAUGGAUCGUUACAGAAACACAAAGAUAACUAGAAAAAUGUGCAUUUCCUGUGAAAAUGCUGUGUGGAUGCUGUAACGCUGAAGUUGUCUGCUGAAAAUAGAUGAAAAAGAUGAAAAGUUGCACAAAUUGUAAUAGCUUUGCAGAAGCAUAAGAACUUAGCAAAAAUGUAAUUACUUAGCAGAACUGCAAUAACGUAGAGGAAAAAUAGUACUUAGUGGAAAUAUUUUAACCUAGUAAAAGUUGCAUUUCCUGUGAAAAUGCUGUGUGAAUGCCCUGUUGUGUAAUCUGCUGAAAACAGCUGAAGAAGUAAAACUAUGUGCUGAAAGGAGGUGAAGAAACUCAAAAUUCUGCUGAAAACAGGUGAAGAAGCAGAAAUUUUUGCUGAAAAGAGGUGAAAAGCCAAAAACUCUGCUGAAAAGGGGGUAAAGAAGCUGAAAUUUGUGUUGAAAAGAGUUUAACUGUUUACUGAAAAAAAAUGUUGCCAUAAGCGGGAUUCGAACCCUGACCUCCCGCUCUGAGAACGGCUGCUGAUCUCAUUAAGCUAAAACACAGCUCACCCCGGCUAGCAAAAUCAGUGACCACACUGAUAAUGCGGUCCAUUUAUUUCAAUGGGACAUAAAAUUUCAUAAAAAAUUUAAUAUCUCAAAAAGUAUAGAAGUUAUAAGCACCAAAAGUCAUAGCAGGAAAGAGCAGAAAUAGCAGAAUAUUGUAAAAUUUGAAUGGUAAAAAUAGCAUUUUUACCAUUCAAAUGCCUGGAGCAAUUACCAGACUUAGUUUGCUGGGUCACUCUGUGUGCCACAGACAAUAACCAGGCUGCAUGUGUGAAACUCUGCAUGCAGGAGGAAAGACGCUGAGACAGGAGAGACAUCCACUUAUUUACCACCCACAGCAUGAAGGCACACUGUAUACUGAUACCAGUGGGAGAGCAUCAGUUAAAUGACAUUAGUGGAUGGACUGGGAAUAAAACAGGAUCAUGUUGUGUUAUGUCUUUUGCCUUGGUUUUUGUUUUUUGUUUUUUUUACCUGUUAAAAAAACCUUGUAUGAAAAUCUCCAUAAAGUGAAUAUAAUCACUGUCAUGUACUUUACAGUGGAAACAUGGCUGCUUGCGUUUCUAAAUGUGACUCCAGCAUUUUAUUGAACGUACUGGGAAAGCUGGCAUACUCCCUGUGCGAGUAUGUGUGUUUGUCAAUAAGAGCACAUUAGCGAUUUGUGUGUGUGUGUGUUUGUGUGUGUCUGUGUGUGUGUUUAGGUCAGCUUUGCUGCCCACAUGGUUUCAGGUCUCUCAGUCUCUCCUGCCUGAGGCUAUCCUGAGGUGGAUCCCUGCUGCUGUCCCGUAACCUUGCCAGUGACAACACUGGCAGCCAAUCAUUUUAAAGCAGUUUAUGACUUGCCUCCUAAACUAAGAGUUUAGGCAAAGGAUGUGUCACAUAAAGCAGGACCGCUGAAUUUUUGAUGCAAAUAAAAACUGUCCUUUAUUUGAUAUUAUUUGGGGAAAAAAUAAAAAAGCAGCUUGUUUCUGUCUUUGCAUAAGUUUUUCCAACAAGGACAGUGUGCCAACAGAAAGGCAUUACCCCUAAAUCUGAUCGCUCAGACCCCGUCUCCCACCACCACCACCAUCAACCUCCGCCUCCAAAGCCGCCCCAACCCCUUCCCCCGCACUAUGAUAAUCUGCUGAUGUGACCGUAACCACUUAUCCUUCCACAAGAUUGAGGAACACGGCUGAGCAAGGCUGAUAAUUACGAGCGUUACAAUUCACGCUAGUGGUGCUGGAUGGGAUCGAGUCCUGUUGCCGAUCUUGAACUAAAUGGCGUAAGGAGGAGAAGGUAUGCCAGUGCCUGAGGUGGCGUCUGACACUGCCAGCGCUGCUACCAUGUUGAGCCCCGUCCUCAAUGCCUCCAACGGAGACGGCUCCGAGUCUGAAACCACCUCCGCCAUCCUCGCCUCAGUCAAGGAACAGGAGCUGCAGUUUGAACGUCUGACCAGGGAGCUGGAAGCCGAACGACAGAUUGUCGCCAGUCAGCUGGAGAGAUGCAAGCUUGGCUCUGAGACUGGAAGCAUGACUAGCAUCAGUUCAGCAGAUGAGAAGUUUCGCUGGAAUAACCAAGAUGGACAGAAGGACAUAGAGGAGGAGCUGACAACAGGCCUAGAGCUGGUGGACUCCUGCAUCCGAUCGCUCCAGGAAUCGGGCAUCUUGGACUCACAGGACACUUCUACAGGAGACAGACAAGGACUCCUGUCCCAAAGCGCUUUACAGCUUAACAAUCAAGAUGCCUAUGCAGCAGCUGGUUACCAUAGUAAUCAAGGGCUGACACUUGGAGAAUCAGUCCCAGGCCGCAGUGGGCAAAUCGGAGGAGCAGUCCACAGCUACAACCAGGUGACAUCGAGCCGUGCAGCUGCCCAGUUAGCAGGCACAGACUCUCCUUCACAGUCCCAGAGAGACUCAUUUGCCCAGCAGGCCUUUGGCAGCGCUUUCCACAUGUCCACAGAGGGCGGACCUGCACCUGCUGGACCAUCCAUGUAUUACUCGUGUGCCACUUUGCCUGCACAGCGCGUAAGCUCCCCUCUGCAGGCGGUGGGAUCUCCUACCAAGCUGCAGCGGCUGGGAUCAGCCUCUGCUGACAUGCCCAGCUACGCCACGCUACAGAGAGUGUCCUCACCCAAGCAAUCACCCAGCCGACUCGCCAAAUCCUACAGCACCUCAUCCCCCAUCAACAUGGUAGCAUCAGGUGCUGGCGGCUCGUCCUCACCGCUCCCCAUGGUAGCCUCUCCAGGGGGAAAUCACUCCUCAUCACCCAUACACCAGCUUAGCUCAGCGGUGGGGAGCUAUGCCACCCUGUCGCCCACCAAGCGCAUGCUGCAUCACAUCGGAGCAGAUACCUACAAGAUUUCCCACGAGCUGUACGCUAACGCAACCCUGCAAAGGCCUGGUAGCCUGGCAGGGUCCAGAGGUUCCUACAGUAGCCAGCACAGUCACCUGGGCUCCGAACUGCGACCCCUGCAGUCCCCUGAACACCACAUCGACCCCAUCUAUGAAGACAGAGUCUACACCAAACCUAACAUUAGAGGACAAGCCCCACCCUCCCCCGGUGUCGACCCAAUCCCCUUACAGCGAACUGGAAGCCAGAGCGCCACCGCCACCUUCCAAAGAGGCAGCUUUGCCACGGGAGGCGGGGCGGCCGACUACGCCAAUCCGUACCGCACUCUGCAGUUCUGUCCGUCGACCGAGUCACCUUACAGCAAGUCAGGCCCCGCCCUCCCCCCUGAGGCGGCGCUGGGCCGAUCCCCAUCAGUGGACAGCAUCCAGAAGGACCCAAGGUACGACCCCGAAUUCCUUGUGUGGAAUCAAAAUCAAGCCGAGCAAAGAAUGACAAAGGAGUUUGGCUGGAGGGAUCCAGAGCUGCCAGAGGUGAUCCAGAUGUUGCAACAUCAGUUCCCAUCAGUUCAAUCCAAUGCUGCUGCUUACCUCCAGCACCUCUGCUUUGGAGACAACAAGAUCAAAUCUGAGAUUCGGCGGCAGGGUGGAAUCCAGCUGCUGGUGGACUUGUUGGACCACAGGAUGACUGACGUGCACCGCAGCGCCUGCGGAGCCCUGAGGAACCUGGUGUAUGGCAAAGCCAACGACGACAACAAGAUCGCCCUGAAGAACUGCGGAGGCAUACCCGCUCUAGUGCGACUGCUCCGGAAGACCACAGACGUGGAGAUCCGAGAGCUGCUCACAGGUGUUUUGUGGAACUUGUCAUCAUGUGAUGCCCUGAAGAUGCCCAUCAUCCAGGACGCUUUGGCCGUUCUGACCAACGCUGUGAUCAUCCCACACUCGGGCUGGGACACCUCCCCGCACACGCAAGAGGACCGCAAACUGCACCUACACUCCUCCCAGGUUCUCCGCAAUGCCACCGGCUGUCUGCGGAAUGUGAGCUCUGCAGGUGAGGAAGCCCGUAGGAGGAUGAGGGAGUGCGAGGGUCUGACUGACGCUCUGCUCUAUGUCAUCCAGACCGCUCUGGGGAGCAGCGAGAUUGACAGCAAGACUGUAGAGAACUGUGUGUGCAUCCUGAGGAACUUGUCGUACCGUCUGGCUGCGGAGACCUCUCACAGCCAGCAGGGGGGGUCGGAAGAGUUGGACGGCUUGUUAUGUGAUACUGGAGGGAAGGACGCAGAGAGUUCGGGAUGUUGGGGCAAGAAGAAGAAGAAAAAGAAGGGACAUGACCAGUGGGACGGCGUCGGCCCAUUUCCAGACUUGGCGGAGCCCCCGAAAGGCAUCCAGAUGUUAUGGCACCCCACCAUCGUUAAGCCCUACCUCACACUGCUGUCUGAGUGCUCCAACCCAGACACCCUGGAGGGAGCAGCUGGGGCUCUGCAGAAUCUAGCUGCUGGCAGCUGGAAGUGGUCCGUCUAUAUCCGAGCUGCAGUGCGCAAAGAGAAAGGACUCCCUAUCCUGGUGGAGUUACUGAGGAUAGACAAUGAUAGGGUCGUUUGUGCUGUGGCUACAGCCCUGAGAAACAUGGCUCUGGACAUCAGGAACAAGGAGCUAAUUGGUAAAUAUGCUAUGAGGGACCUGGUGCACCGUUUGCCUGGAGGCAGCAACAACAACAACAGCAGUGGUGGGGGAGGAGGCGGAGGGGGUGGCACCAACAGCAACAGCGGGCUGGUGGGGAAGACCAUGUCGGAUGACACCAUCACGGCUAUCUGCUGCGCGCUGCAUGAGGUCAUCACCAAGAACAUGGAGAACACCAAAGCCCUGAGGGACGCUGGCGGCAUCGAGAAGCUCAUUGGCAUCGCCCGCAGCAAGGGAGACAAACAUAGUCCCAAAGUGGUGAAAGCUGCAUCUCAAGUCUUGAACAGCAUGUGGCAAUACAGAGACCUGCGCAGCCUCUAUAAAAAGGACGGCUAUUCCCAGUACCAUUUUGUUGGCUCCUCCUCCACGAUAGAGAGAGACAGACAGCGACCUUAUUCUUCCUCUCGUACGCCCUCCAUCUCUCCUGUGCGGACCUCGCCCAACAAUCGAUCAGCGAGUGCUCCUGCGUCCCCCAGGGAGAUGAUGGCAUUGAAGGAGAGAAAGGCAGACUACGAGUCAACUGGCAAUGCCAGUUACCAUAGCAGCAAGGGCGAGCACACAUCCCGGAAAGACGCCAUGGCGGGUCAAAUCUCCGGUGGGUCUUCAACACUACACAGAGGAGCGUAUGUGUCCCCAACUGAUGACCUGAAGUAUAAUCAGGUAUCUUCUCAAGGCUUGCCAUCAGAACCCUACCCCCCUUUCCAAAAUCCUCCUCCACCUGACAGCAGCAACUACGAGGAUCAGGCCUGCUACGAGAACCAGGUUCAUGCUGGAGGGCGUCCCCCGCAGGGUGACCUUAACAUGCACCUGCAGGGCCUCAAGUCCACCGGCAACUAUGUAGACUUCUACUCAGCCUCGCGGCCCUACAGCGAGCUCAACUACGAGACCAGCCACUACCCAGCCUCACCAGAUUCCUGGGUGUAAGGGGAGAUGAGGGAGGAGGAGGAGAGUAUGGAUAAAAGAAAACCCGGAAGUGAAGGGGGGGUGGCUUAAAGGUGGAGUGAAAGAAGAUGAAAGGACAGGUUCCCUUCCUCCCUCCCCAUCCUCCCCUGUAGUUCCUGAGUAGCAUCAUAGAUAGCAGGAUGAUGAAGGGGGAGGAUGGAGCGCAUGAAAGGAGACGCGGGCAGAAAGCUUGAUAGACAUUUCACUCCUUUCAGGGACAUCUCUGAGAGGAAGGAGAGGACCAGAAGCAAACGGAGGAGUGGCCAAGCAUGUGCAUGCACACCACCAACCAAACUGACCGACACAUUUUCUUUCUGUGUUUCGUUUGUGAUCAACAAGUGGUAGAGAAGGUUCACCAGACAGAAAGAGCGCCCGCUUCUUGUAGGCCUCUGGAUACAGAAUGUCAAUCGGAGACUAACCCGGAGAGAGAGAAGAGAGUCGGGACAUGAAAGGGAAGCGGGAGAGCAAAAGUUGGCAAACGGUUUUGCGAUGAAGAAGGACGAUGAAAGAUAAACGUGGAUUGGUGGACUUGAGGAUGAGAUGUUUUGCAGCGAGUCAGAGAUACCCCAAGAGGAAUCUGUAAAUAUGUGGUAUAGCAUCCAUGGGUUUUAGUAAAGUGAAGCACAAGAACUGUAGGACACAUAGGACGUCUGUCACACAAAACUUUUCUUUCUGUCUGUGGCUUCAGCGUGACGUAUUCUCUGGGCAAGAAAGACUUUUGGUCAUUUGUAACACUUUUUUUUGUGUUUCUACUUUUUUUAUUCUGAUUGUAUAGUAUUUGAUGUACACUGUACAUUUACGGAGAUGCAUUGUGUACUGUACAUUGCACUAUUUUCUGUGUCAUGUCAGGCCUUUUGCCACUGGUUCCGACUCACCUCCUCACCAAGUACGCCCCUUUACCCAAACACACACAGACUUUCAGAACUCAUAUCAUGGAUGUUGCUAAUGUGAAACACUGGAUAUGAAUUGCAAGGUCACGGUGCUCCUUUCCACUGCCCUACAGUUAGUACAGCUGCCAGAACUGCUAAAGAAAGGUUGUUUUUUGGGCUUUUUUAGGCUAGCGUUACAUCUUCUCCACACCAUUCCCCUGCUUUUACCCCCUCCUUUGAGUGACCUGUGUUCAUCAUGUAUAUAACCGUGCCAAACGAGGGAUACUUCCCCUCAGCUGAAAGGGGAGUGUUGACGGUGCAUUCAAGGGUCCAAGUUGAGCUGAAGGUUUUCAGCUGAACAUCCUCGCCGUUCUAACGAUGCCACUUUGUAAAUGCUUUGGUUUUUCUAAACUGUGUUUUACUGGGAUGAAAACUGUCGAACUGCACCGAAACUCCCGAGUAAAAUCGUAACAAGAAAAAAAAAAGAAGAAGAGAAAAAGGAAAAUCGCGGAGGGACUGUGGAGCCUCACUUCCUCCAGAGCUGUACAAAAUUAGUUGAUUUCUGUGUUGUAAAUUAAUUCAUGUUUGAAGUACAAAAAAAGAAAAAACUUUUCUGAGAGAUGGUUGGCAAUUCUAACUUCAUGGUAGACAACAACUGUUAAUAGAGUACGGAUAUAUAUUAUAUAAAUAUAAAUAUAUACUUUUUAUGUGCAGAUGUGGAUGUCACUUAUAGCAGCAACAUUAUGGAAAAAAAAGACUUGUUUAAAAAAAAAUUUAAAAAAAAACAGCUACAUGUAGGAAUUUUGUUCACAGUUAAUUUUCUGGUCAGCACACUAAAAUUGUCGACUUUGUGUAGUAAUGUUGUUGCUAUGUGGAGUAGAGUAGACCAGGGCCCAGGGAUCCACGUCGUCACUGAGGCAGUCUAGCAAAGGUGCUACAUCCGUGAGAAGUAUUUCCAACACGUCUGUAUUCUGUCUGUGCACAAGAUGUUUUCAGACUCCACCCAUCGUGCUGCACUGAUGCACUGGAGUGUGUCACCAGUGCACCUCUGCUUUUUAGAUGAUUUGGUCUCAGAUACCAAAACAUGCACCCGUCAAUGCAUGCCCAUUUUGUUGUCAAACUGAAAUAUCUUUUUUUUUUUCUUUCUUCUGUUUUUUUCUGUAAGUGAAGAAGGCUAAAUUGCAAAAGGUGACACCAGACCCUGGUUCUCCCUACUCACUGCUGUUUAGAAGUCCUAGAGGUCAUCUUCCAAUGCUUGAUAAAGCCACUCGUAAUGCAGCAGCCCCACCACCACAAACACACACUGGAUGGAAAGCAGACGUGCUGUAUUUUUGUUAGUAAGCAUCUGGAAACUGACAACAUUAUGUAUGUCCUUGUGAUCCUUAGGCAGAGAAAACUUACUAUGAGACCUGUAUGGAGAUAUAACGUCGGUGACCUUUUUUUGCUAGACCAAACGUGUUUUAAAAAGAGAAAUUGUGAAUCUUUCUAUUGCCUCAAACAGACUGCAACUGCUCCAAAAAAUAUAAACGAACCAUCAAAGAA